AAAAAAAAUGCUCAUACGAAGCGUUAGUUCAUUGUAGGCCUAAGUUUUUUAAAACUCAAUUAAUUUCAUGGUUUAUAAAGCAGACGUUUAAAUUCUUUUACAAAUAGAAACGUGGCAACAAUCUUCAGAAAAUGCGCACUUGCAAGUAGGCGAAAAAGUUGCGUAUAUCUUACUGGCAUGUUAUUCCUGCUUUAGUACUCGACGCUUACAGCAUAUAAAUAGUUAUAACUGGUCCUUAUUGGCAUUCUUACUUUUAGUGCAUAACUUUGUAAAUUAAAUUGUUUCAUUUGAGCAUUAAAGUGUGUUAAAUAUUUGAAGUGAGUGGAUCUGUGCGCGGUUUUUUAUUUUUGAUACAUUGGAAACAAACCCACAACAUAAACCAAGCAAGCAAGCGUUACAAUGUCAACUCGCCGGAGAGGUGCACUGACUAAAACAGCAGGGAAUGAAGACAAUCGUAGAAGUAGCGGCAUAAGUGAUACAGCAACGCGACAGUUAACAACUGCCGCGACGCACUCAGAAGUAGCUCAACAUGCUGCUGUACCAAGUGAACCACCAAUAUCUGACCAACCUGCGGCCGGAGAUGCUUUGGAUGAUGCCAAUAUCUCGGAUGACGAAGAGGGAGGAACCCGCAUCGGAGACAUUUAUAUACCGCCUCCAAUACCUCCUUAUUGCUCUACCGAAAGCAAAGGUCCCCGUUUGAUAAUUAAGAAAAUCGAAAAUAACAAUUUUAAAAGCUAUGCAGGCAAAGUUGUUUUGGGCCCCUUUCAUCAUUGUUUCACAGCUAUCAUUGGUCCCAACGGUAGCGGUAAGAGUAAUGUCAUCGAUUCGAUGCUUUUUGUAUUUGGAUAUCGCGCCAACAAAAUCAGAUGUAAGAAAAUAUCUACACUGCUACACAACUCAGCCCGUUAUCCCAAUGUUAAUAUGUGCUCAGUGGCUGUACACUUCCGUCAAAUAAUUGACAAGGAUGACGGGACCUGCGAGGAAAUUGCAGACAGCGAGAUUAUUGUCGAAAGAACAGCUUACAGGGAUAAUUCGUCGUUUUAUACAAUCAAUGGCAAAAGAAAGCAAUUCAAGGAAGUGGCAAAACUUCUGAAGAAACAUCAUGUCGACUUGGAUCAUAAUCGUUUUUUGAUACUUCAGGGUGAAGUUGAAUCAAUAUCCAUGAUGAAACCCAAAGGUUUGGUUGAAGGUGAAUGUGGCAUGUUGGAAUAUUUGGAGGAUAUUGUGGGAACAACCCGUUACAAGGAACCAUUGGUAAAAAUCAAUGAACGCGUUGAGUUAUUGACCGAAGAACGUACGGAGAAGCAUAACCGUUGUAAGUUAGCGGAACGUGAAAUGAAAGACUUGGAACAGCCUUACAAUGACGCCGUAGAAUACCUAAGGCAAGAAAAUGAAAAUACGAGGACCAAAAAUUUGAGAAUCCAGAAGUAUUUGAGUGAGAAAAAUAAAAAAAUGGAAGAGUACACGAAACAGCACGAAGAGGUUAGCAAUGAGCUAAAGGAGCAUGACGGUAAAGUCGAUGCCUUGCGAAAGGAGCGAGAAGAGAAGGAAGAUAUUAUCAAAAAGGAAAUGCAAAACCAUGAAAACUUGCGCAAGAAAAAGGAAGAUAUUGAAAAGAAACUUGAGAAAGCCAAGGGUAACUUUGCUGAAACACAAGAAACUAUGACGGUAAUGAAUAAAAGGCGUAAUACUAACAAGACACAAGUUGCCAAAAAUGAAACUGAGCUGGAAGAUCUUCGCAAAGUUCCCGAAAGGAAUGAAAAAGAAAUAGAAGAAUGUGAAAAGAAACUUCAACGAUUAGCAAAACAAAAAGAGGAACAAGAAGAGAAAUUGGAACAAAAUUACGCUAUUCUAGAGGAACAAACAAAACCACUUAUUGAACAACGUGAAAAACUCGAAACCGAAUUGAUGGAUUUGAAAUUGAAUGUUGACGAAGCCAAGGCCGAUUUAGCAAUGUCUCAAUCUGAGUUAAAAAUCUUAAAAAGCGGCGAAACGACUGAGGUUCGUAAGUAUGAAACAUUAAAAGGAUCCUAUGAGGAGUCCGAACAAAGUUUAAAAGAAAAGAAGCAAAGUGUGGGAGAGCUGCAGGGUCGUUUGCCCGAACUCAAAAAAGAUAUCCACGUGAAGACACAGGCACUUCAAAAGCUACAACAAGAAGAACAAGAAUUAAGAAAACAAAUAAUGGCUAUUAAAUCUGAGAUUAAUGAAAAGACAGUUAACAUUCAAGCCAUGCGUUCCAACAAUAAAGUACUGGAUUUUUUAAUGCGUCAAAAAGCUGAGGGAAAAAUUCCCGGAAUAUUGGGAAGACUGGGUGAUUUGGGUGCAAUUGACACCAAGUAUGACAUUGCCAUAUCCACCGCUUGUGGACGACUAGAUAACAUACUUGUCGAUACAGUCAAUACGGCGCAAAGCUGCAUAGAACAUUUGAAACGUUAUGACGUGGGAAGAGCAUCUUUCAUUGCACUGGAAAGGGUUGCAUACUUGCAAAAUCAGUCUGGACCUAUAAAACUACCAGAAAAUUCUGCCCGUCUUUACGAUUUGGUUCGCGUCGACGAUGAGCGCGUCUUGCCAGCCUUUUAUUUUGCCCUUGGCAAUACCUUAGUGGCUCCCGAUUUGGAACAAGGCACCCGCAUAGCCUAUGGACCGAAACGUUUUCGCGUUGUCACUUUAAAGGGAGAACUCAUUGAAACGUCUGGUACCAUGUCUGGUGGUGGUAAUACCCAAAUUCGCGGAAAAAUGGGUACUAAAGUCCGUACAAAUACUCGACAGUCCUUGGAUAAUACGGGUCUUUCACAAAAAGCAUUGGAAGAUAUGCAAAUACAAUACCAAGAAUACCAAUCACAAAUAAACUACAAUCAGGAAGAACAGGGACGUUUGGAACGCGAUAUUCAACAACUUAAAAAUACCCACCAACGCACCGAAACCGAGGUACAAAAGCUUUUUAUUACCAUCAAGAGUUUAGAGGAACAAUUGCCACGAAUCUUUAAACAAGUGGAGGCUCAGAAGAAGCGCUUGGAUCAAACUUUGACCGAUGCCAGCAAGGUUCAAGACGUUGAAGAGCUAAUAGCUAAGAAAACCGAAACUUUAAAAGCUGCCGAAGAUGUGGCCGGUAAAGUAGAGAAAAAAAUCACAGAAAUUAAAAAGAAAAUUGAUAACAUACAUGGGGACACAAUAAAAACUGUUCAAUCCAAAAUCACAAGUUUGGAUAAUCAGAUCAAGAAACUUAAAGGAAAUAUUUCAAAGCUUAAAGUAGAGGUUACAAAUGUAUCGAGAAAUGUAAAAAAGCUGGAAGAUCAAAUUGGCCGUUUAAAUGGUGAAAUUGAAAAGGCUCAAAAUGAACUUCUGCAACUGUCCGAAAAACGCCAGAGUUAUGACAACGAAAUUUCCACCCUACAAAAAGAACUUGAGGAAGCGAAGGAAGCAAUUGACAAAGCCAAAUCCGAAUCUUCCGGUGUUCACAAGGAAAUAGUGAACAUACAGAAAAAUGAAAGUGAAUUAAAAUUGAAGCGUGUGGAAAUCGAACAGAAAUUGCAAACUGUCUCGGCCAAGAUGUCAGAAGUGAAGAACCAAAUACCUCAUUGGCGUGAUCAAUUGAAGCCAUUGCGAUUGCAUGAAAUACCAGGAGAUGCAGAGCCUCCGGCUCCUUUAAAAAAAUACACAGAAGAAGAACUGGCCACGCAUACCUUACAAGACAUUCAAUACAAAGAGAGUGUGCAAGAGGAAUUGCUUAAGAAAAAACCAAAUCUCUCGUGUAUUCAAGAGUACAUUGAGAAACGUGAUGUUUAUUUGGAAAGAGUAAAAAUACUAGAAGACAUUACUUGCAAGCGAAACGAAAUGCGCCAACUUUACGAUGACGUGCGCAAAAAGCGCUACAACGAAUUCAUGCAAGGUUUCCAUAUAAUAACACGGAAGCUUAAGGAAAUGUACCAAAUGAUAACCCAAGGAGGUGACGCCGAAUUAGAAUUGGUAGAUUCUAUGGAUCCCUUCACUGAAGGAGUAUCUUUCAGUGUGCGACCCCCAAAGAAAACUUGGAAAAACAUAUCUAAUUUAUCGGGCGGUGAGAAAACCUUGUCUUCAUUGGCCUUAGUAUUUGCCUUGCAUUAUUACAAGCCUUCGCCACUAUAUUUCAUGGAUGAAAUCGAUGCGGCAUUAGAUUUUAAAAAUAUAUCCAUAGUUGCUCACUACAUUAAGGAGAGAACGAAAAAUGCCCAAUUUAUCAUAAUUUCCCUUAGAUCAAAUAUGUUUGAACUUUCCGAUUAUUUGGUUGGUAUCUACAAAGUCAAGGAUUGUACCGAUUCUGUGUGCAUAAAAAAUGAACCACCCAAAAUGCCAGAAACCCAAAUGCAAACACAAACUCAAACGUCGCAGCAUAUGCAGUCCCAGCCAGCUCAUCUGUUACCUUCCAUGGAAAAUAAUUCCAUAUUGAGCACUACAUUGGCGCAAAGUCAGCCAUUGCAACAGCAGGAACAACAGCACCUACAAUCCUCUGUAUUGACACAGAAAUCAGUUAGUCUCGAUGACACAGUUGAUGAAUCGAUGGAGGCAGCUACACAAGGCCAACAUGCUGCAAAACCUCUCAGUGACAAUAACAAACAACACGAAGACUAUCAUGCAAUGAAUAAGGUUUCCCUGCUCUCCACUACACGAUCAACUUUAUCCACAACUCAAAAUUUUACCUUUAUGCCUCAAAUUGAAAGUACUGCCCUGACCGAGUCGCAACUGAACAUUACACAAAAUCCACAACUCUCCACAUCCAAUGCGCAGCCCACUACACCCCAGACCACGGCAACGACGACUAACUGAUGCAAAACUCUUUUAUGAUUGUUAGACCCGUGGAACGGGUUAAAUGUAAUUUAUGUAAUUUCAUUGAAAUAAAUGAUAUGAAUAUAAUGAAAUAUGCUUAAUAUCCGCGACUAUUAUUUCUAUUAUAUGUAUGAAAUGAAAUUAUUAAUUUUUUAUUGUGUCAACUCAAGUUUCAAUAAAAGCACAACUACAUUUUUUA